UGUAUUGGUCCGGAGCACGUGUAAGAUGUGUCGUCUGCUACUGUAAACAUGUCUAGAAUUGUGAAGUUCUUUAGAGUUAUAAGAAAUAAUUGGAAGAAAAGUGUAUUUGGAACAGCUGCUUUAUCAUAUGGAGUGUCUUAUGCCAAGGAUAAAUACGAGACCAAUCAGUUGAUGAGAGACUACUGUUUGAAGGCGUUAGAAUAUGGGUCACUACCAAUUCCAAACGAAUAUAAUCCUAAGAAAAUAGUGGUGAUACUGAAUCCAGUUGCUAACAAAAGGAAAGCAAAGAAAAAUUUUGAUAAAUACUGUGCUCCAUUACUUAAUCUUGCAGGAGUAUUUGUUGAUGUUAUGCAGACAGAAUCUGUUGGCCAUGCUUGUAAUAUAAUAGAGAAAAUUGAUGCCAGAACUGAUGCAGUUGUUGUUGCUGGUGGAGAUGGGACUCUCUCUGAGGUUGUCACUGGUAUGCUCCGCAAUGGAAAUGCAGUUAAUUAUCCUGUUGGGGUAAUACCACUUGGCCAGACCAACACACUUGCCAAGUCACUGUUUUAUGAUUCUGAUACCAAUGUUGUGAAACAUAUUGCUGAGGCAACAAUGGCUGUAAUUCGAGAGGCAAAGAAACCUGUAGAUGUAAUGAAAAUUGAAGUCUUAGGGGAAAAUGAAAACAAACCAGUAAAGCCAGUGUAUGGACUGGGUAGUAUACAGUGGGGAGCCUACCGAGAUGCACAUGCUAAGAGGGAUAAAUACUGGUACUGGGGAAGCUUACGGUCCUAUGUUACAUAUGUUUUCACUGGUCUUAAAAGUGAAAAAAGUGGGAUAUCUUGGCAGUGUGAUGCAGAGUUGGACUACAUCUAUCCAUGUGGUGGCUGUUCAAAAUGUUUCAAUCCAAAUGUUGUCAGGAAUAGAGCCACUGCAUCACAGCCGAGACGUUGGUGGCAGUCAUUUCUUCCAAGACAGACAGCUGUAUCAGGAACAGAAUUUAAAAAGAAAAUUGACUACAGUCAAGUUGUUAAUGAGGAAUGUGGAAAUGCUCACAACCUGCAAAUAUCAACAGUUGAUUUGUCUGUGACAACAUCGAAUGUUUAUCCCAACUGUGAGCAAGAAGGAGAGCCACAUAUGAAAGUUAAAGUUGGACCUCCAAAUGUGGGAUACUUUUCCUUUUUAACUGAAGGCUGGAGCUCAGAACAAGGAAAUGACAGGACAAUUCAGAAUGAGCUCAGCGUACGAGAAAUUAAUAUUAAUCCUCUGAAAGUUGUGGACAUGCCUGAAGGUAAGGAUCAGAUGCUGUCAAUUGACAAUGAAGAUUAUGAAGUGAGACCAGUGCAUGUCACACUUCUACCAAAAAUUGUUUCUGUAUUUUGCAAGACUGAGGCUGCAUUGUGAACUGGUAAAAUAUCAGUUUAGUACUGUUUGUGUUCAAAUUUUGAUGUGUGUAUACCAUUUGAAGUUGAAAUUCACCUAAUUCAAGCUUCAGUGUUCCUGCAACUUAACUUCAAACACACCAAAAUUUGUCAAAUAUAUGUCCAAUAAUAAUUUUUUGUAUUACAUAUUUGUAU